AUGUUCAACACGUCAUCGAUGUUCCAAGGAUUGAAAGGAAAAAGAAAAGAAAAAAUAUGGCAGCUAUUCCGCGCUACAGAUUUUGAAUCGUUCAUGUAUCCCUGCUUCAUGUUUUGCCGCAUUCUGGGAAUAUUUCCAUACAAGAUCAACGCUUCGACCAUCAAGACUUGCAAACCACGCUAUAUUCUUUCGACUAUCAUUAUCGGCGUUUUAUGCAUCCUCGAAUUAAUGAAUCUCUAUUAUCUCAAUACUUCUGAAGUAGUAAUUAAAAACGUUGAGACAACCAAGAUACUUCAACAUAACUGUUUCUCUAUUAUUGGUGUUUUUAUAGCAGUCACCGCAUUCAUUCUGAGUGGACCACGAAUGCGUUUUCUUCAGACCUUAUUGGAGCUCUCGUUGAAAUUGCCUUCAGAAUCAUAUAAGAAAUUAUCUAGUUUGAUCCAUGCCAAGGACAUUCUAGGAUUCUUCUUUUUAGUCGUGACAUUUCUGAUACCGCUUAUCAAGUUCCACGUGUGGGAUAUUGUCACCCAUUUUCUUAUGAUGUACAUGAUAUUGGUGACGUUUCAAAUGGAUAUGCUAUAUAUCAAUUGUGUUUGCAUAUUAAAAGCUUGUUUCAAAAAAAUCAACGACAAUCUAAUAAAUCUGCGAAAAGUCGUGACAAAUGGUGUGCCAUAUCUCUUGAGCAGCACCUAUCACGAGCAAAGAAUUCCAUUUGUACUGAUUGAGAUUAUAGCUUUGAAAAAGCAGCAUCUGGCAAUCAGCGGCGCUGUACAGACGCUAAAAAUGGUCUUCAGCUUGCACAUUCUUUCUACGAUACUUAUGGCUUUCGCUGAAAUUAUCUUCUAUCUGUAUUUUUACUCAAUGCGAAUACACCUAGGUUUAUAUAUGAGCAAUGAAGAUAGACAGAUUGUGUUUACGGCCUGUAUUAUGGGAAUAACAUAUUACUCUAUAAAAUUGGUGUUGAUAGUGUGGGCCUGCGAAACCGGCAAGGAUCAAGCCAUGGAAAUUAUCGGCACCGUUCACGACGUGUUCAAUAGUGCCAGCAAUAAGCAAAUAAAAUACGAGGUAGAUCUUUAA